AGACUUUUUGUCAUGCUGCAGAAUGAAUCUGGGAUCAGAUCAGAUUAUUAGCAGAUUAUACUGACAAAUCAAAAUGUGAAAAACUUAAGUGCCUGACACUUAAGUGCCCUUUUUUUUUUUGCACAGUACUGUAGAUCACACAGGUUUUAAACAACUCCCGUUCUUGAUAUUUGGGAGUGAAAACAAAGGCAAAAAUUUAAAUGAUUAACUGGCCAUUAGAAUUAAUAAGGUCUUGACUUUACUCUGUAAAGUGAUGAAGGCCCAGAGGUUGGUGAUAUAUAUAUAUAUACAUUUGUAGUUAAAUCCCUGGGUUGGCAGGAUAACAUUGUGUACAUGAGGUGAGUGUGUGUGUUCCUUAAGAACAGAGAUGAAAGCUGGAACAGAACCUUAAUGUUCUGUUGUCUGUGACGUCAGAACAGAACAGAACAGAGCGUUUGCUGAUCUACAGGAGAAAUUAAUUCCAAACUCAUUCCCAAAUCAACGUUUGGAGAGGUAAGACCAUCCUGCAGCUGGGACACAACUGCUUUUUACUCACUUUCUUCUGUUUACUAGAACUGUAUUGUGUUGAUGAAGCAGGGAAUUUACUUUUCCUGCGUUUUCUUUUAAGUGAGUCACUUUUUUCAUAAGUUACAUUCCUGAUAACAUUUACAUUAAGAUGAACAUCUUUUGUGUAACUAGGAGAUGGAAAUGAACUUUUUUUCUUGCACAAAACAAUUUUAAGUUGUAAACUUUGCUUCACUUGUUGCCUAAAUUUCACGUGUGCAAAACAGAAUUAACUGUGUAGAUUUUUGUUGCACUAGAAGAAAUUCAACAUUAGUUAGAAAAAAUGAAAAUGCUGUAUUAGUGACCUGCAGUUUCUUUAACAGAUAACAUAAUUAAAGAUCAUUUAAAGGGUCCACUCUGACUGUAGCACUUCUGUUCUAACUUUUCUGAUAAUCAUCAGUGAAAUAACUGCUGUGUGUGUUUGUGUCUGCAGUUCUACGUCGUCGGUAUACGAACGCAUCAUUGAAAGUAUGAAUACAUCCAGUUCUGGACCAAGUUCCUCUACAAGAUCUCAGUCUCCAGGAGGUGCUGACCCUUCCAUGAUAUGGAAGAAACCUGAACGAAGGGGUGAGAGCCCUUCACCCACUGGAGACAUCAACCCUUCCACCAUUUGGAAGAAGCACGGACGAAGGGGUGAGAGACCUUCGUCCUGUGAAGACAACUACCCUUCUACAACCAUGAAGACACAGAGACAAAGGAGUGAGAGACCUUCGUCUUCUGAAGAUGAUGAUGAACCUUACACCACCUGGAGGCAGUAUAGACGAAGGGGAGAGAGCCCUUCGUCUUCAGAAGAUGAUGAACCUUUGACCACUCUGAAGAAUCGCAGACAAAGGGGUGACAGCCCUUUGUCUUCUGACAGCAGUGAAUCCUGUUGUUUCUGGAAAGAUCCCACAUACAUCCGUUUGUGGGAUGAAGAAGACAGCGUAAAGCGGAGGAAGAUGCUCUGUGAUUUUGUCUUUGAGUGGGGCAGAAAACAGGAGGAGAGGGAAAGAAAGAAACGUGGACAGAGAGCUUCUACCACCUGGAAGCAACACAGACGAAGGGGUGAGAGCCCCUUGACUUCUGUCGAUGAUGAUGAACAGGAAGUGGAGCAGGAGAAACAUGUCAGGUGGACGGAGAAACAAGAGUCAGCCGGGAGAAACGAGGAGAGAGAGAGACAGGAAAAGAAGGAAGAAAAGAGGGAGGAGAAUGAAGACCAAGAGGAGCAAAAGGUGGAGAGAACAAGAGAGGUGUGGGGGUGGAAGGUGACAGAAAGAGGGAAGAAGCUGGAGAGAGCAAGACAGAAGAGACAGAAGAAAGAAAUGGAGAGACAAGAGAAAGAGGAAAAGAGAAGAAGGAACUGGGAGAGGAAGGAGAGAGAUAGACGAGAGUGGGAAGAGAUAGAAAGAGAGAGGAGGGCGAUGAAAGAGAGAGUAAGACGAGAGAAGGCCGAAUGGAAAAGACAAAAAAGGAGGGAGAAAGAACUACAGAGGAGGGAGAAAAAGGAUGGAGAAAGACAAAAGAAGGAAGAGGAGAGGAGAGAGAAAAGAGAGGGGGAGGCAGCGGAGGAGUGCAGGGAGAGAAGAAAUCUGUUUUCAAGACUUUGCAGUUGGUGGACCAGAAUCAGGGAGACCAGAGUGGAAAUUAUCUUCAUCAGGACCAAUGAGAAGCAGCAGCCCACUGAACUCGAUGGGGGAGAAAAGAUGCAUUCACAACAGCAAGAGAUGAAGUGUGACACAGAGGUAGGACCAAACCCAACCAGUCCCAGGAGAUCUGAGUACAGCAGGCUGCAAAACAUCUUGAAGUCACGCAACCGUGUAAGAAUCCAGUGAAUGAACAGAGAGCAGUUAGUGAAAGGGCAUCUGAACAAAUUCCUCCUCUCUUCAGAAAAACCUGCUCUUUUUAGCCUUUGACCACAACAACACUGUCCUCUGGUCUACAUCAAGCAGACCAAUCCUGAAAUGAUCACUGUUGUAGACAUAACUCCAGCUCAGUAACAUCCACAGCUGAGGUUCCUCUCCUCUACUGACAUCUGAUUGGACCAAAUCCUUCCUCAUCCUCCUCACUCUUUUAUUAAAUCCUCCAACACCACAGGUUUUGCUUCUGUAACUGUAGAAGCUGCAGUCCUUCUCUCUACCUGACAAACUGUCAGACCAAACCAGACCAUGGCUUUCUGCACCUUAGAAAUGACCAAUUUAACCUCCUUUGAAAGGACUGAACUUCCCUGAGACGUUUUAACCAUCAGCCUGUGUUUAACAGGUCAAUCUAUUUAUGUAUUGAACACAAACACCACCCUGAGUCAUAUGUUACCUUAAACCUACUCAGGGACCAAAUGUUUAAGCUGCACAGUCUAUAGAAACAUUUGACUGAACUGAUUUGACGAAACUAAACUAAAUGAAACUUGUUUCUAUUGUUGGAGACGACUUGCAAAUGUUCUUUGUUUCUUCAUGUGAGCUGACUUUGUCUGGAAAGUUUGGAAAAGUCUGUAUUCCAGAUCAGGUCUGCAGGUGACACCACGGUGAUGGGAUCAGAUUAGCAUCGAAAGACCUUUGACCUCCACCGGGGUCAAAAAGCCCCAACAACAGCUCUGUUUCCUGAGAUCCACCUGCCCUCCAGAGGACCUGCAACUGAUCCCUGUCUGCUUCAUGUCAAUGUUGAUUAAAAAAGAAAACAAGAUGAUUGUUUCAUUGAACUGAUUCAUAUUUCUGAAUGUAGACUGUGUUCAUGUUUUAUCAUCACAGACAAAUGAGAGGAAGAAGCUGAAUAAACAGUGAUGAAUGAGUCUGAUUCUGUGCAGGACACUGAGAACUGAAACAUCUGAACAGUAACUACAGUAGAUUCCAGGUUAUUAAAAAUGUUUCUGGGACUAUUUCACUCUGAAAUCUGGUUCUGUUGAAGAACAAAG